AUGGAGAAACAGUCUCAUGCUAGCUUUCAAGUCAUCUAUCUGGCUCGUUCAAUGUUCAGCAGACCUGCGAGUGACACUUCUACUUCCAUAGCCCGCUUCUAUCGAGUAUUGGAUAAGGAUAACCAUCUUGAUGUUAGACGUCUUGCGCUCAACCAAAGAGAGGCACACACCAUUGUCGAGUGGACAGCGACGUUUCUCGGGACGCGCAACGCGACAAAGGAUCGCAUGGGUGCACAAGUACCACUGAUGAUGCAUGUCCUGGCCACAAGCCUCAACCGCAUCGAAGAGUCUCACGCUCACCGGGCGGCAUCUAACACCGCGCCUCUACAGGCCCAGGCUCGGCGCUAA